CGUCUUGUGAAAUUAACACCUGAAGCAAAUACAUUGGAUCUGGCCAAACGUUAUUAUGCGCAGUUGUUAUUGAUGAAAAGUCGAUUUCCAAUGGAAGAAGGUGGAAGCUUACAGGUUCCCUUCAUAUGGUUUGUUCUAUUCAUUUCGUUUUGUUUUUGUUUCUUAUUUUAUUAUUCUUUUAUUUUAUUCCAUUCCAUUUUAUUUUCAAUAAAAUCUGCCUUUACUCACUUUCAAUGGGCUGCAUAUCCAUUCCAAUAUAUUCGAAAUAAUACGGAUGCCUCAAAGUAUUCCGCAAUUGAUUUCGAUUCUUCUUCACUCACUUUUUAUACUAAUGUAUUCUUGGCCCAAGCUCAAGAGUGUAUUUUGGAAAAAAGCCUUGUCGACCAUCGUAAAAACUUAGUAAUUGCUAAAAUAGCCAUAUACUUGCGGGAUAUUUAUAAGCUGUGUCGCGAAAUUCUUGAGUCCUCAGAAUUUCUAAGACUUUGUGACAUCAAAUCGGAUAUUUAUGGUGCGAUUGCUAUGAUUGAACUUGGUGAAAAGGCCGAUCAAGAUAAGAAAAUGGGUUUACGGUUAUCAUAUUACCAAGUUGCUGCCAAACAUGUCAAAAGCGCUUUGAAACUUUGCGAGAAAGAUAAACGUACGACACUGAAACAAGCUGUUAAUUUUGUCAAUGAUAUCGUGACAGCGAAGGAAACGAAUGCACAAAAGGAAAAUGAUUUCAUAUAUCAUGAAAAGAUUCCCAGACAUGAUGAACUUGAUAUUGUUGAGGGUGUCUGCAUGGUAAAAGCAAUUGAACUGGAUCCUACUGAUCCGUCUAUUGCUGGUGAUGAUCUCUUCUCUGGACUUAUACCAAUGAAAGCUCUGAAAUCAGUUUCUUUUUAUAGUGAAGAAAAGGCGAAACUUAAGCGAUCGGUAAUAGAAAGGGUGGAAAAAAAGAAUAAAGAUGAAUAUUUAAUUUCAUUACAACUGGAUGAAAUUCAUAUCGAUGAGUCUGUUGACGAAAUGAAACUUCCUGAUAUGCUUUUAGAAAGGAGUGCCGCAUUCACUUCCCAUCCAGAUUCUUUUCCUGAUUUGCUGGAUAAAUUACAACGUGUGCUCGUUAUCAUUUUUCUUUCAUUAUUACUUUAA